AAAAAAUUCUAAAGAUUUAGUAAGUCAAUAGACUCUUUUCUUGAUUACCAUACACAACAUCAGUUGCUGAACUCUGCACAUUCACAUUGAUAAUAUUAUUCUUGGAAAGUGAGAGAAUAUGCAUUAAUAAACUAAUCCCAAAAUUUGAUCCUUCCCAAAACCAACUCUUAUAUAACAGCAGAGAGAUGGCCAAGGAGGUUACUGAACACAAACACAAACACAAACACGAACACAAUGAAGAAGGUGGCAGAAUGGUAUCCGGUUAUGGCGAUGGUAGGCAUUGACAUGGCCUUUGCUGUCAGCAACAUUCUUCUCAAGAAGGUCGUGAAUGAUGGGAUUGAUCAUUUGGUCUUCAUCACUUAUCGCCAGUCCGUUUCUGCAGUCUUUUUAUUCCCAUUGGCUUACUUCCUCGAAAGUUGCAGGGGAAGUAGGCCGAAGCUCACAUUCAGCAUAUUAUGCAACCUUUUCGUGAGUGCUGUGAUCGGGGCAUCCGUGACACAGUAUCUGUUCCUCCUCGGCAUAGAAUAUACUUCUGCAACCUUCUCGUGCGCCUUCCUCAACUUGGUUCCCGUCUUCACAUUUAUAAUGGCCUUACCUUUCGGUUUGGAGAGGGUGAGCAUAAAAUGCAGCAGCGGGAGAGGCAAGGUGGCGGGCGCGCUGGUGUGCGUUGGAGGCGCUAUGCUGUUGACCGUGUACAAAGGGAUGCCGUUGUUUCACUUCCAACGCGUUCAGUCAAUGAAACCACAUAUGUUUAUUCAUGGAAGGGAGAGAUGGGCGGUUGGGUCCGUUGCCUUGUUCGUAGGGACCAUCUGCUGGUCGUCGUGGUUCCUUCUCCAGACUCAUAUUGGCAAGAGAUACCCCUGCCAGUACUCCACCACUGCCAUCAUGGCCUUCUUCAGCGCCGUGCAGGCCGCCGUCUUGACUUUCUCCGUCGACAGGCACCUCUCUGUCUGGAUCCUCAAGAACAAAUCCGACAUCCUCGUUGUCCUCUAUUCGGGGAUGAUAGGGUCGGGGCUGUGUUUUGUGGGCAUGUCGUGGUGUGUCAAGAAACGAGGGCCCGUGUUCACCGCGGCCUUCAGCCCGCUCGUGCAGAUAAUGGCCGCAAUGUACGACGUUCCGGUCAUGCACGAACAGCUCCACCUCGGAAGUGUGAUCGGAUCGGUUGUCGUUAUCGCUGGCUUGUACAUUAUGCUGUGGGGGAAGGACAGAGAAAUGUCGCACAAUCAAGAAAAGUUGGUGCAGGGAAAUCAUCAAGAGAUGAAGAUCUCUAUUCCAUCAAAGUUUUAAUUAUUAUGACCACUUUUUCUUAAUCUUUGUAUCAAUUUAUAAGAUAUGAGCAAGAAUUUGCUCAAUUCUCAAUCAGAAAAAAGGCCAACCUUUGUUGUUGUUGUUUUUGUAUCUAAUGCAAAGGUUUCAGAUGCAUUUGUGGAGGAUGUCGCUUUCCCAGAUGAAGGAGAAUGUAAAAAGAAUUUUGAUGAGUGUUUCUUAAUUAAUAAAUUUGUUGAAAGUGGUUUUUUGCUUC